GUUCAAUGUCAAUACUUAAAAAAUGCGACCCUUUUCCGAUCCACCAUUCACUUCACUGAAUGACUAACUACUUACACGCCGGAUCAACAACUUGUUAAAAAUCAUUCCGAAAUGUAUUUGUGCAUUUUUCCACCGCAAAUUUCGAAAUUGUUAAGUAUCUAGAAGUCAAGAGACUUCUUAAAACCGAUAACCGACUCUUGAUGGAUGUCAAAUCGCGGAAUAAAUGGGAAUGUCUCGAGUGUUCAAAAACAUUCAAAACCAAGAGGAAUUUGGAGAUGCAUGUUUUCACGCAUGACCCAAAUGCCAAAGUGAAGUGUGAGAUUUGUGGAAAAAUUUCGAAAAAUCCUCCCUCCUUGUCUUCCCACAUGGCACUACUUCACACCGACCGGGAACGACCCAGUUGUAAAAUUUGUCACCGGGUAUUUUUCUCCGCUCAACGUUUACAAAGUCAUAUUGACACCUUCCACAGCACGAGGGAACGGCCUCGUUUUCAAUGCGAGUAUCCCGGCUGUGAGAUAACCUACCUAAGCAAGGGCAGUCUUCGGCAACACGUAAAAACUGAACAUGCCGAGAACCCGGUCCGAUUUCCGUGCUCACUUUGCGGAAAAGAAUUUAAAACCAGGGCUGAACUUGGACGACACAUUCCCACCCACACGACGGAGAAGCCAUACAAUUGUUCAACAUGUGGGAGCAGUUUUUCCAGGAUGGAAAACAUGAAACGUCACGAGUUGACGCAUUUGGAAAAAUCUACCCGAGACAUGUACCAGUGUCCAGCCUGUCCUCAGACUUUCACAACUAGAAGUACACUACAAUUGCACGUGCUAGUUGUGCUUGAAAAUCAGAGGAAUUAUCCGUGCGCAUUUUGUUACAAGAGAUUCGCCAAAUCCUCAGACUUGAAUUGUCACAUGAAGGCGAUGCAUGCCACGAAUGAAGAACUGGUCCAUUUCUGCGAUAAAUGCGAAUACAAGAGCCAUUCGAAGCGCAAUUUGGCCACACACAGGGUACGGCACAAUGCAGCGAGGCAUAAUUGUUACUUCUGUGGGAAGAAAUUCUUCACUUUUCAAGAUUUGGUACGACACACCAAUUGCACUCAUACGUUGGAAAAGUAAAGAUAAGCCUUUGUAGUUAUCAUUUAUUAUGUUCUUUAAUGAUUUGAAGAUAAAUAGUCCUUGCCAUUUACAUAAAUACUGACAUUAGAUGAAUCUGUAGUCAAAAAUGGGUAUAAUUGCCAAAUUUUUCGAAUUUUUUAAGAAGUUAAGAAGGACAACCAAGUUUAAUCGUUAUUUUUUUGUGAUGUAAAAACAACUAGACUUGAUAAAUACUUUUUUACAGAAUUUGAACAGAAAGGAAAAACAUAAUGUUGCAGUAUAUAUACUAUAAUAAUCUUUUGGAGUAGUUUUGGAGGAGUGUAAGGUUACUAAGGUUGGUAACGUUUUAGAAAAAUAAAAAUGUAAAGCAAAUUUCAUUGUUGUCAAA